UUGUGCUAAACAAGGUUGACUUUCGUAACUCAUGUCGCUGUUAUCUGGGCAAGUUUCUCUCCUAGAAGUUUCCUGCCUCCACGAUUCCUUACAGAAAUAAAUGUUUAGCUUUUUUCCUUUGUUAAUCCAAAGCUGGUUUCCAAAAGAAAUCUGAACAAACGUCGUAUCAGAAUUCCGAUGUUUUACUGCUUGUUUGCUAGUCAGUUUGAUCUCUCCGUUCACUGGUACCUUGUGGAGAGCUAGCCUUGCCGGCUAACCACUUUUUCUGCGGACUCCGCUUCAAACACCUCCAGCAGGAAUGAACCACAAAAGUAAGAAACGAAUCAAAGAAGCGAAACGGAGUGCUAGACCUGAACUAAAGGAUUCACUUGACUGGACAAAACAUAACUACUUCGAGACUUUUGAUCUUUCGCACCGGACAGUGAAGGACAAUGUGGAGAGGGUGGAUGCCCUUCACCUAAGCCCAGAAGAGUUCAUUCAGCGCUUUGAGAAGCCCUACAAGCCUGUAGUCCUUCUUAAUUGCCAGGAGUUGUGGCCUGGCAGGGAGAAAUGGACCCUGGAACGCCUGAAGCGCAAGUACCGCAACCAGAAAUUCAAGUGUGGGGAGGACAAUGAUGGCUACUCUGUGAAGAUGAAGAUGAAGUAUUAUGUUGAAUAUAUGGAGUCCACUCGUGAUGACAGUCCACUCUAUAUCUUCGACAGCAGUUUCGGUGAGCACGCCAAACGCCGCAAACUGCUUGAUGACUAUCAGGUGCCCCUCUUCUUUAGAGAUGAUCUUUUUCAGUUUGCUGGAGAGAAGCGCCGGCCACCUUACAGGUGGUUUGUGAUGGGCCCUGCACGCUCUGGCACAGGCAUUCACAUCGACCCGCUGGGCACAAGUGCAUGGAAUGCCCUGGUGCAGGGUCAUAAGCGCUGGUGCCUUUUCCCCACUCACACACCUCGUGAGCUUAUCAAGGUAACACGAGAAGUGGGCGGCAACCAGCAGGAUGAGGCAAUCACCUGGUUCCGUGUGAUAUACCCACGCACACAGCUACCUUCAUGGCCUGCUGAAUUCAGGCCACUGGAGAUUCUGCAGCGUCCUGGAGAAACUGUCUUUGUUCCCGGUGGCUGGUGGCAUGUUGUCCUCAACUUGGAGACUACCAUUGCUGUCACUCAGAACUUUGCAAGUACCACAAACUUUCCCAUUGUUUGGCACAAGACUGUUCGAGGGCGGCCUAAACUCUCCCGAAAGUGGUACAGAAUUCUAAAACAGGAGCGGCCAGAUAUAGCUGCUCUGGCAGACAAAGUGGACCUGCAGGAGUCUACAGGCAUUGCUUCAGACAGCUCUAGCGACUCGUCAUCCUCCUCUUCUAGUUCCUCCGAUUCUGAUUCAGAGGCUGAAUCAGGCUCUGAGGGUGAUGCCAUGACCCACCGCAGGAAAAAGCGAAGAACCUGUGUUAUGAUGGAAAAUGGCGACAGCACAAGCCAAGAUGACUGUGUGAGCAAAGAGCGUAGCUCUUCACGAUGACCUUCUCCCUCUGCUAACUCCACCAGGGGGAAAUCUCCUUCACUUUCUAUCACUCUAGUUUGCUGCCCAAAUAAAUUAUGAAUGACUAACAGGGAAAGAAGAAAGUAAUGUCCACAUGUGUGUGGUAUGUGUUUGAUGGUGAACAUGAAAUACUGUGAUAUGGAUUGUGUCUGUGGUUUUUGCAAGUGCAAGCUGUACAGUACAUUCUUUUUCUUUCACUAUUGAUGGACUUUUAUAAUGGGUUGAUUGUUGGCAAUGAUUUGUACAUCCGCCACAUGCUAUUUCACUCGAAUUACUGGAGAAAGCUCAUUUAUGUGAAAUUUAGCCUUCAUUGGCUGUCCCUCCCCACUGAUUUAUUACUGUUGUACUACACUGUUAUGCCCAUGCUUCACAUUUGCAGACCUGUUUAGUUAAAACUAAAAUAUCUAUGUAAACAUGCUUGAGGACAUUUACCAGCCUAUAUGGCUGCAUUGCUGCAGGGGUUUUAUGAAUGCAGAAUUUGUUUAAUUUUAUAUUUAAUGCAUUUCUGAAGUUCACUUUUUAAAAGAAUAGUAGUAUUUUAAUCUAUGUACUGCAUCUGUAGUGUAUAUGUGCACAAUUAUAAUGCAUUUCUGUAACGAGAGCAGAACGCUCCAUCCUAAUAAAAAUUAACUUUUAAGUAUUUGAAAUGCAUACAAAUUCCUGGAGAAAUAUUUGAACAGAUUGAGGUUUUAUGAUGAUCCACUGUUAGAAAGUUAAUAAUAGUGGUUGUAGUUUUGAAUUUGCAGCAUAGACAAAUUUAAAAACUGCACAAAUGCUUAAUUAUUAGCAAAUUUCAAAGAAACUUCACAUUCAGUGAUAACUGUAUGCAUGCUACAGAUGCAGUAGAUGCAGAUUUGAGAAUUAGAGAAAGUACCAUUUAAGUAUUAAACACCAUUUGUGCUCUACAUGGCCUUCAACCCCCAACUCAACAUGAGGAAGAGCUAUUUAUUCAGUUAGUAGAUAUACUUCUUCCAAUGUGACCCACAAGUCAAGCAGUACACGAACCAAUACUCAUUGGAGUUCAGUGAAGCAUGCACAGCAUGGGUGAAUAUCCUGAGUUUAAAAUGAGGGAUGUGCAUGGGUGUUUUAAUACCUGGAUAAUUAUUUGAAGUGCCAGUAUUUGAAUAUUGACUUCACUAUUCAAAUAUUUAUAUUCUGUAUGUAGUUCAGUGAGGGGGGGAUUCAAAGCUGUGUCUGGUGAUAUUUUGAUACAGAUUGCAGUGUUGUGGUGUGCUGAUAUAUUUCAAAUAACAUUCAGUACAACUCCAUUAAAAUUUUUACUACAGUAAACAGACCUGGUACCAUGGCAUGCUCACUAAACUCAAUGGUAUACUGGAUGUAAAACUGCAUAUGCAACAACUCGGAGACGGUUUAUAUCUCUGUGUUGAAGUACAUUUGUGUUGCAAUUAAAAUCAAAUGUACGCAACAAACAGGGACAAGGUGGUUAUGGAUAAGCAAAAAAGUACAGUGCACAGAUAGUUGACUCUGUGCAGUCAUUCAAAAAGCAUGUAGCACCUUGUGGUUAUCUGUGGUGCUGUGCCUUAACCAGCCUUCAAGUGAAUGGACACACUUUCCUGCCUUCCUGUCUUGAGUUCAGCACAUUAUGUCAAAUCAGCAUGGCUGCACAAAGUAUCAACUGUAAAGAAAGUAGACCUGUUUUGCUUUUAAAUAUAUGCUGUAUAUUUUAUAAUUUGCUUUAGAUCACUCAAUACAGACAUAUUGGGUUGUUAAACAUUGUAAAUUUAGACAGGAAAAAAUACAUAUUGGAUAAUGCACUCUGUCACACCUGGAUGCUUGGCUUCUCCAUAAGAACAGUAGACCUCUCAAAGGGAACGAAGUACCGAAAUGCUAAUUAAAAUGACUAACAUCUUAAUCUUAUCAGCACCAACCGGAAACACUUGGGAGUCCAGUAGUCGUUGGUUAGGCAACAUAAUCCAAAUCAGGUGACUGAUUCAGAGCAUCUCGAAAAGCAUCUUCUCCUUUCCACCCUCAGAUACCAUGGCUUCUGCUAGGAUCUAAGCAUGUCUGGCGGACAUAUCAUCAUGGAUGACAGCUCCAUGCAUCAGCUGAAACUCAAUCCAGGUCAUUCAUCCCCAGGUCAUGAUCUUGUGAUAUCCCUGAACAACUCCUUGAUCUUAAGAACUGCAAAUGAUCCAAAGUGCAUCUGUGUGACUUUCAACCUGCCUAAGUUCUCCAAAAGUACCCCAUUGUGCUGGAAGUGGAAAGAACAUCAUGCUCCUUGCAAGAUUUCUGAUAGAGGAGUGAAAAGAAUUACCAGAAGAGUUGUCCAAGUGCCAAGUGGUCCACUUGUGGAGAGCUUCAAAAACAGCUGGAAUUAGCAAGUAAAAUUGUUUCAAAGAAAACAAUAAGUAUGCACUCAACCCCAUGGCCUGUAUACAUGCUCACCACUGAAGAUUCCAUUGCUGAAGGAAAAGCAUGUUGAAGCUCGCUAAAGUUUGCUGCACAACAUUUGGACAAGCCUGUAAAAUACUGGGAGAAUAUAUUCUGGUCAUAUGAGACCAAAACUGAAUUUUUUGGAUGCAGUAAUUCACAACUUGUUUGGAGGUGGCACUGCACAUCACCCCAAAAACACCAUUCUAACAGUGAAGUUUGGUGAUGGGAACAUCAUGGUGUGGGGCUGUUUUUCAGCAUAUAGUACUGGCAAAAUUCAUAUAAUUAAAGGAAGGAUGAAUGGAAAAAUGUACUGAGACAUUCUUGAUAAAAAUGUGCUGCCAUCUACCAGAAUGAUGAAGAUGAAACGAGGGUGGACAUUUCAGCAAGACAAUGAUCCCAAACACACAGCCAAGGAAACUCUCAAUUGGUUUCAGAGGAAGAAAAUAAAGCUGCUAGAAUGGCCCAGCCAAUCACCUAACUUGAAUCCAAUUGAAAAUCUAUGAAAAGAACUAAAGAUCAGUUCAUAGAAGAAGCCCACAGAACCUUCAAGAUUUGAAGACUGUUUGUGUGGAAGAAUCGGCCAAAAUCACACCUGAGCAAUGCAUGCAACUAGCUUCUCCAUACAGGAGGAAUCUUGAUGUAUUACUUGAUGGAGACUUCAGAGCAUACGUCCAUCCAGAUAAGUGUGUCUGCCAAAUGCUGUAAAUAUGGUUAGGGGAGUCACCAGUGGAUAAAAAGUGGUUUAAGUUAGGGCAACCAGUGAACCAGCAACAGGGUCAUGAUUAUGAAUUGAUGAAUUACAUGAAAAUAUGAGUAAUUUGUAAUUCACCUUUUGUAAGUUGAUUUAACUUGAUUGGUUUUGCUACAUAAUUGUUACUUUGUUCUGCACAAUCAUAAGCAUACAAAACAAACUUAUAAAUAAAACUAAAAGUCAUACAGUCGG